CUUUCUGGGCUGCGAGCGCACACUGAAGCCGGCUCAUGUUCAUUUUCUCAUCGACCAGCACCCCCAAGUCCUUCUCCGCAGGGCUGCUCUGAAUCUCUUCUCUGCCCAGCCUGUAGCUGUGCCUGGCUUAAUGUCUCUCUUUAUCUCUUCCUGUCUCAGUACCAGAAAUUGCCUUUGCAAAAUGAGCCAGCUUCCUCCGGAGAGUCUUUUGGCAUCCUCAGUGUCAGAGAGCAUGAAUCCCAGGGUAGAGUCUUCGGACAAGUUGUCAAUGGACAGUUUUUGGCUGGAAGUGGAGAACAUUAAACAGAGUGCUGAAGUGGAGCAAGAGGAAUGCAGCCUUGCAGAUGUCAAAGCACAAGAAGAGGGAGAGGCUGAAGCUGAGUGGCUCCAGGACGCAGGUCUGUCCAACCUCCUCAGGGACUGUGCCUCUGAGCACGACAACAUCGUGCUGCUCUCCACCCUGACCAAGACCCAGGCUGCUGCUGUGCAGCGGCGGCUGGACACCUAUUCCCGGUCCCGGAGGAGGAACAAGCAUCCUGUGCGUGAUGUCAGAGACAUUUUUGGAGUGGUCGGCUCGGAGGAGACAGCAACAGAGAAAAAGGAAUCCAGUCCAGAUCAGCUGUGGCACAAUCGACAGACUUCAAAUGUACACAGAAAAACCCAGGAGUACUCCUGCACAGUUCGAAACCCUGGAAAAGAGGAGAUGUUCAACAUGGAUGUUGCCUACUCAGAGCAAGCAGCUGUCCUGCUCAAGGGAUCAUUCCUGUCUGAAUCUACAAAGUUAAAGGAAGGCAAUGCCCUAACUAAAUUCAAGAUCCCCAAGGGCAGACUUGGAGUGACCAGGGUUGGAGAUCUGUCUGCUCAGGACAUGAAGAAGAUCCCCACGCUGGCCCUUAUUGAACUAACAGCUCUCUGUGAUAUCCUGGGCUUUGAGCUGAAGAGAAACAAAGCAGCAAAGCUGAAAACAACAGAGAAAAGACUCUUUGGAGUUCCACUCAACACCCUAUUGGAAAAUGACCAAAAACUGCUCCCCAACACCAAGGUUCCUCUGAUACUCCAAGCACUGCUGUCCUGCUUGGAAAAGAGAGGACUUGAAACAGAGGGCAUUUUGAGAGUUUCUGGGUCCCAGACAAGGAUCAAGAGUCUGGAACAGAAGCUAGAAAGGGACUUCUACACUGGCCUUUUCCGCUGGGAUGAAGUCCACCAGAAUGAUGUGUCUGGGCUACUGAAAAGAUUCAUAAGGGAACUGCCAGCCCCACUGCUGACAGCAGAGUACCUCCCUGCUUUUGCUGCUGUACAAAAUAUUCCAGAUCUGAAGCAAAGAUUGCAAGCUCUAAACCUUCUGAUCCUGAUUCUGCCGGAGCCCAACAGAAACACUCUAAAGGCUCUACUUGAGUUCCUCAGCAAAGUGGUUGCCAGGGAGAACAACAACAAAAUGAACCUCUGGAACGUUUCCACAGUCAUGGCCCCAAACCUCUUCAUGCACAAGGGACUGCCAAACAAGAUCCCUGAAGGGAAAGAGAAGCAGUUGGCUGAGGGUGCUGCUGAUGUCGUGCGGAUGAUGAUCCAUUACCAGGAUUUGCUUUGGACAGUCUCCUCUUUUCUGGUAGCUCAAGUGAGAAAGCUGAACGAGAGCAAUAGCAAAAAGUAUCAGUUCCGUGACAAGCGAAUUAAACAUUUGCUGCGGAAGAUACAUGCUGAUAAGGACAAGGUGGAAAAGAACCAGGCAGAGCCUUCCAAGAUUGUGAAAGUCCAUGCUUCACUUCUCCUGAAGGAUUCACUAGAAGUGCACUUGAACAACGCAACCAGAGCUGCUGAUGUCUUGAGGCAGUUUCAAAAGAACAUGUGCCAGCAUGGCUGGAAUAUUGUGAACACUGUCAACCUCCUCAAGUGUAACAACUCAAUAGAGUGCACAAACUUGCUCCUGUAUGAAGUGGGAGGCAAUAUUGGUGAACAUUGCCUGGACCCGGACACUUACCUUUUAGACUUGUACCACAUCAAUCCCCAUGCUGAGUGGAUAAUUAAGCAAAAUCCAUCUUAUCCUCGGGUGUUUUAAGGAAAGCAUGAACAAAAUAAAGCAUUCUGCUGAAGUUUUGGAGGGUAUGGAAAAGCCAUAGAGAUGUUCCUGGUAUAGUCACAGACUGGACAAUGCUUGUGUCUUUGAAGGAAAACUAGCUUUAUUUACUGCUUCCAUGACAGCUGGCUGUGAGAACACCCUACCCUACGUGCUACAGGGCUGUCGGUAACCAGCAGCAAUUACCUUCAUGUAGCAGGGUUUGCAGGAGGUAUGACUAUUUUUAAACAAAAUAUCCCCCCCCCCCAACAAACUCUGCAAAGAAAGCUACAGUGAUUGUGCAGUAGGGAUGGAACAGAAGAAAUGACCUCCUGAAGAUGGUAGAAGUAAUCUGUUUCUUCUGGAUUUGCUCUUUCUUUUGAUCACACCCACAUUUUAGAGGAGAGGGUCAAAUGCUGCAGCGGUACUAAUGGCAUCCCAUAGGUGAGAGCCACUGUCGACUGUUGCAUAUCGCCAGAAAAAGUUGUGAGCCUGGGUUUCACUAACAAGAUACUCUUGGGUUCUUUGAAGAAUGAAAAAGGAUGUUUCCAGAACAGCCAGAGGGGGUGUGAAGCCAACAUCCUGUAUUUAAUGGCU